UGAAACACUACCAAUAAAGAGGUUCUGGUGGAACCACAGUAAGUUCAACAUCAGUCGGUGCUUCUCUCUCAACGUUCCUGUUGUUCGGUUGGUGUUGCCAGAAUGGAAGUCAUGAAUAACUAUAUGAAUGGGGAAGCCAACGGCAGCUACGUCAGCAACUCUGUAGCAACUGAUGUAAAAAAGGGAUUGAAACAGGACAAGGCAAACCAAGCCAAAAGAGACGUACAUGAGCAAGAAAAAGCAAGUGCUUUGGAGAAAGCCUACAGUAACAUCCUCAGGGAGCUGGGAGAGAAUCCAGAGAGGGAAGGUCUUCUCCUGACUCCUAGCAGGGCAGCCAAAGCAAUGCAGUUCUUCACUAAGGGAUACAAGGAAACCGUUUAUGAUGUCAUGAACAAUGCCGUGUUUGAUGAAGACCAUGAUGAGAUUGUGAUUGUUAAGGACAUUGACAUUUUCUCACUAUGUGAACAUCACCUGGUACCAUUUUUUGGCAAAGUGCACAUUGGUUACAUACCAAACAAGAAAGUUGUCGGACUGAGCAAACUGGCAAGGAUUGUUGAAAUUUACAGUCGGAGGCUACAAGUUCAGGAGAGGCUCACUAAACAGAUUGCCUUGGCUAUUAUCGACGCUCUGCAGCCCGUGGGAGUAGCUGUUGUCAUGGAAGCUUCACACAUGUGCAUGGUCAUGAGAGGAGUGCAGAAGAUAAAUAGCCGCACCAUAACCAGCACGAUGCACGGAGUAUUCCUGGAAGAUCCCAAGACCAGGGAAGAAUUCCUCUCUCUGAUUAAGGAGUAACAUAGAACUAGAUUGGGACUAGCAGUUUAGUUCAUGUGUUCUGCUGAAUUCCUGUUUAAUGUUUCACAUACUGGUGCUGAAAAUCAUUUCGUGUUUCAAUGUGUAUGAUUAUAAAGGAAUCCAUUAAAAGUUUUUUUUUUUUUUUGGGAACAAAAAGUCUCUUUGUGAGCAGCAUGAUGAAUAGAAAUAGGAGUGUGGUUCACUAGUCGUACAAGAAAAUCUGUAUUUUCCACCAGCGCAGGUCUACUUCUACCCCAUGUUCUUCAAGGUCAGUCCUAAAAAAACAGUUGCCUCUAAAGGGUUAUUAAACACCCAGGGCCGGAUUUAGAAAAUUAAAGUACAUUUUUUAAGGAAAUGGGAAAGCAGCAAAGAUGUUGUGCGAUGGGGCCGCUAAAAACUUAUGAACAGCCAUGUCAUGGGUUAUGCCAACUCUAAACUUAGGGGCAAGCUCAGUAAGGCUACACAUGUAUUGUUAUUGCUAAUUUUUAUUCCUCCUCUUUCUAUUCAGGCCUCUCCUAUUCAUAUUCCAGUCUCUUAUUCAAAUUAAUGCAUGGUUACUAGGGGAAUUUGAACACUAGAUUGUGGA